AUGGUAUGGUAUCAGAAGUUUGAGUAUGCGGUGGGCCACUGGCUUCAGAAGACUGCAGAGCACGUGUUUGGUUGCGUGCUCUGCAGCCCCGGCUGCUUCAGCUGUUCAGGGCGCAGCCCUCAGGACGACAACGUCAUGAAGAGAUACACCACUAAGUCCACAGAGGCUUGCCACUACGUACAGUACGAUCAAGGUGAAGACCGCUGGCUGUGCACUCUCCUGCUGCAGCAGGGCUGGAGGGUGGAGUACAACGCUGCGUCCGAUGCCUACACCAGCCCCCAGGACUUCAAGGAGUUCUAUAACCAGCGGCGGCGCUGGGGGCCCUCUACCAUGGCCAACACCAUCGAUCUGCUGGGCUCAGGGUCUCUGACCUCCCAGAGGAACAGCUCCAUCUCCAAACCCUUCAUCCUCUACCAGAUUCUCAGCAUGGUUGCCUCCAUCCUAGGCCCGGCCGCAAUCUGCCUAAUGAUCUCAGGAAGCUUGUCGUUCAUACUGGACAUCAAUGAGGGUGUCCAUACUGGACAUCAAUGA